AUGCUGGGAAAGCGCGCGCGUUCGACUAGGUCCGCAAAUCACUCCGAGGGUACACUCGAGGAGAGUCGACCUGCAAAACGACUGGUCCGCUCCAGUCAGGCUGCCGCUCCUUGUGCGAAAAGAGGCGAUCCCUCUGUUCAAUACUUCCCUCUAUGCCCCUGUUAUAUCAACGUCGCCCGCGAUCCUCCUGCGUCCGCCGGAUUUCCAAAGCGCCGUGCAUGCUCCGUCGACACUCUUACCCCGCCGCGCCUGCGCAGCCCAAGUACUCACGCUCUUCCACGUGGACGAGCCCGCUCCCUUAACCGCAUCCCAUCUCCUCUGCGCCUCACACGAGAGAACCUACGCUGUUUCGAAGAUAGCACGCAGUCACCUGUAAUGUCUAUCCCUCGAAAUCCGUCCCCAACGCGAAAAGAUACUGCUAUCACCGAUAAGAAGCAAUUGGCAGCGUACAACAUAACUGUCGACAAAGGAGUUGCUCUCCCCGAGGCGCUCGCUGACUUGGUGAAAACACUCCAGCGAGCGCGUGAGCAGAAGCCUUCACCCCAUGCACAAGCAAUUAUAGACACCCGGAGGGCUGCGUCAGUAGAGAAUGAGAUCACCGCCCGGAAGAUGAUGGAGGAGCACAUCCUUUUCCGGGGCGAGGGAUAUUCUGGCGGUGUCAAGGGCUUGACACUGAAGGAUCAAGUGAAUCUGAUCAAAGAUUACCUCCCGACGCCGCCGCGUGUCACUGUCCCGGAGCUAUGGGGCUCGCUCGCGCGACCACAGCCAGAUAGCUGCAUCGGAUAUAUCACGGCCACAGAGGCGACAGCGCACGCACCUGCGCUCGUCAUGCCGUUCACCCGCGAAGAGGACGACAUGGCUGACUGGUAUAACGUUGUCCACAAUGCCGAUACACACUUUCCCUUCCUCACCGCUCAGUGGAAGGCCGCCAUCUUUGGCGAGAACCAGGUCCAUGCGUCCCUCCAGGCUGCCCGCGAUGGUGCCCUUAUCGUUACCUACAUGCACCAGUUCUACACGUUUGCAUACCCCAAUCGCAACCCCACGCAGCUCGAGACAUGUCAUCUCUCCUUAACUACUGAGGGUUACACAAUCAUACUUUGGAUACACUGGCGGGAAGUGGACCCGGAAGAUGGUGAAGUAUACUUCCGGAUGGAGGAAGUGGAGACGGCGCGUAUGGGCAAGCUAAAUGACCUUCUCGAUAUGCGGAGGAUGCUUCACAACUAUCUUGACUUUGCGUUCGGAGAAAGGUUAAGGUCAAUCAAGGAAGCCCUUCCCGCGUUCUGGCCAAACCGUCCAAAGAGAAGGGUUAAGAUGACCAAGUCCCGAAGUUCGACAACAACGUCAGGGUCGGAAUUACGGUUCGAUCUGCCGAUAACGCCUUCAAGUAGUGUUGGAGAAAGCGCCAAUAGGGAUGCAGUACCGUCAAAAAUGAUGAAGCGCAAGCUGGCAGAUGUGUGA